AAGCCAACGCAGUCCCACGUUGUUCCUUCCCCUCUCUCAAAUCAUCCGAAUCUCUUCCUCUCUUUCCCCCUCUCGACCACUCCUUGCCACCGGAAAACCGCUCACCCCGCCGCAAAACCACCAUCCCCUCUCUCUUCUCCGAUCGCUUCCGAUAUGAGCACCGGCGAGCUUCUCAGCAUCGAACCCCAAGAGCUCCAAUUCCCAUUUGAAUUGAGGAAACAGAUCUCUUGCUCUCUGCAACUCUCCAACAAAACCAACGACUAUGUGGCUUUCAAGGUAAAAACAACAAAUCCCAAGAAGUAUUGUGUUAGACCAAACACUGGGGUUGUGUUGCCAAGGUCCACAUGUGAUGUUAUAGUGACAAUGCAAGCACAAAAGGAGGCGCCUUUGGAUAUGCAAUGCAAGGACAAGUUCCUUCUUCAGAGCGCCGUUGCCAGCCCUGGGACGACCACCAAGGACAUCACUGCAGAGAUGGUAGUUAUAUGAUUUCUAUUUCAUAAGGAGUCGGGGCAUAAUGUAGAAGAGUGUAAGUUGAGGGUUCUCUAUGUUGCUCCGCCUCGGCCACCAUCGCCGGUUCGCGAAGGUUCAGAGGAAGGUUCAUCACCCAGGGCUUCAGUGGACAACGGGAGUGCAGCUGCUUCUGAGUUCAAAGCUGCUUCAAGAGCUUUCUCUGAGCAACACGAGCCUCAAGAUAACUCGUCUGAGGCAAGGACAUUAAUUGCGAGGCUGACUGAGGAGAAAAAUUCUGCCAUUCAGCAAACUAACAGGCUUCAACAAGAACUGGCUGUUUUGAGGCGCGGGGUCAACAGGAGUGCUGGCGGUAUUCCAUUUAUCUAUGUUCUUCUAGUUGGCUUGAUUGGCAUUAUUUUGGGGUACAUUCUGAAGAAGACAUGACCAGGCACCUAACAUUCCCGGGGCACUCCCUUUGCUGGACAAUGAAAUGUAAAAAAAGAAGUAAAAAACGAGAAAUUGAAUGCGUGGUUGAUUAGUUGCAACUUUUGUUUAUGGUAUUACCAAUCUGUAUUGACACUGAGAAUGUUCUGAAACACAUUAGACGUAGCAUUUUCUCAUUGUAUUAGACACCUUAAAAUUGGUUCUGUUAUUGACAUGUAAGUCGAAAGUUUUCCGUUG